UCGCCCCGGGGGAGGCCCCGGCAGCGCCGCCUCCGCCCCGGCUCCAGCCCCACGGCCCCGGCGCAGCCCCGCCGCCGGCCGCCCGCAGAGGGAGGCGCUCGGCGCCCGGCCCCUCCGCCGCCGCCAGCAGGAAGCAGCGCAGGCGGCGCGGCGCUCCCCGGAGCAGGUUCCUAAAAAUUAGCACUAUGACUGAUGGAGACUAUGAUUAUCUGAUCAAACUCCUGGCCCUUGGAGACUCUGGGGUUGGAAAAACAACGUUCCUCUACAGAUACACCGAUAACAAAUUUAAUCCCAAAUUCAUCACGACAGUAGGGAUAGAUUUUCGGGAAAAACGAGUGGUGUACAAUAGCAGAGGACCAAAUGGAUCUCCAGGAAAAGCCUUCAAGGUGCAUCUCCAGCUUUGGGACACCGCUGGACAGGAAAGAUUUCGAAGCCUCACCACAGCAUUUUUCAGAGAUGCUAUGGGCUUUUUACUGAUGUUCGAUCUCACCAGUCAACAGAGCUUCUUAAAUGUCAGAAAUUGGAUGAGUCAGCUGCAAGCCAAUGCGUAUUGUGAGAAUCCAGAUAUCGUGUUAAUUGGUAAUAAAGCUGAUUUAUCCGACCAACGGGAGGUAAAUGAAAGGCAAGCAAAAGAUCUGGCAGACAAAUACGGCAUCCCCUACUUUGAAACAAGUGCUGCUACCGGCCAGAACGUGGAGAAGGCCGUGGACACGCUGCUGGACUUGAUAAUGAAACGUAUGGAGCAGUGCGUGGACAAGACGCAAGUCUCUGACACAGCCAACGGAGGAAGCUCGGGGAAGCUGGAUUCAGCAAAGCCGGAGGAGAAGAAGUGUGCCUGCUAAACCUCGCCUCUAAACUGUGAGGACCAGCGAAAAUAUCGCAUCAGAACAUGGCUGACCUACCACCCAAUUCAAACCUGCUCCGUCGAGCCGUGCACAGAAGCAAAGUUCCAUCGUGUUAGUGGGAUCGUGCAUUUUUUUUCUCCAAAGAACUGGUUUCAAAACCUAAAACCUGUAUUGCGGUGAGGCUCUUGUGCUGAAAUAAUUAUUCCUGAUACGGUGUCAUCGUCCUGAAUAAUUCUCCCACCUGCUCUUCCCCGCUCUCCCAUUCCCUCAGCCCUCAUCUUUAUUUGUUUUGUGAUCGGGAUACUGAACAGAGGAAAGUAGCUCUAUUCAAAAUAUAUAUUUAAAAAAAAAAAGGGGGGGUGGGGGGGAGAAUAUAUUGUCUACAUCAGCUGGAUAUUGAAAUUUAAAUGGAGGUGGGUGGUUUUCUAGGUCUGUGCCAUUUUUCCACGGAAUCUUUUUUCUUUACGGUUCUUAAUCUGCAUCAGGGCCCGCGUGUUUUCGAAGGCAGGGAUACGAAAGAUUGUGUGUGGCCUCUUCAGAAAAACUUUCUCGCUUGCACGGAGUGCAGUGCUGUGAAGCUGUCCCAACCGAAUCACUGAGAAGCUGCUUGGGGGUGGGGUGUGUGUCUGUGUGCGUGUGUUUUGGGCUUGGGGGCAGGAAGAAGGGCAUUUAAUUAAAAAAAAAAAAUAAAUAAAAAAAAUUAUCAGGGAAUUGUGCAGCAUUGCUGAUGUUGCCAAUAAUCCAAGCAGGGAUUGGAGCGUUACAGGAAAAAAAUGUUGUAUUGAGAGGGAUUCUGGCACUGCAGGGACAGUUUAUACAGAUGGGAAUGUAAUGCAUGGGAACAGAUAUCAACUAUAUUUUAUGAAGCAUCUUCUGAAUCUUGCCAUUAGCAAAAAAUAAUUGUCUCCCCCGUUUGAGGAAACUGUCCCGUUUCUUCCUUUUUGGGGGGGGGGGGGCGGGGGGGGGUGUAUUAACUACAUAUCCCAGGUAGGAUAUGGGAACUUGUGAAUGUGUUGCACUGCCUAAAAGGGAACUGCAAAUCGUGCCACGCUGAGAGAUCCUCGAGGUUAUCGCUCAGGUUUGGUCAGGUCCUCUGUACACGUAGGUUUUCAGCAGGGGACGACAGGACAAUUGUCUCAUACUCUUAAAUUCUGUACAGAAUAUGUGACUGGCUCCGGAUAAAGAUGUGUUGCAUAGCUUGCCAGAUAUUUUGGGACAGAAGUUAUUCUGCUGGUGUGCUGCAGCAGCGGGGUGGAUUGCAAAGGAUUUCUUCUAGGGGUGAAAACCACUUCUAGUGAAAUAGCAAGCUGCUUGUCACGAGCAAAGAUAAAUACAGGAAAAAGUAAAGAAAAAAACCUAUAUUUAUAAGCGAAGAGAUCAUUUUCUAAACCAGGUUACAGCAUAGAGUUUAUCCUGUCCUUUUUUAUAGAAUAACAGUUUGGGUUUUAUACAGCUGGUAGUUAAAGGUCUAUUUGUGGUUAUUGCGCUUUAAGCUACUUAAAAAUCAUUCAGGGGAGGAAGGGGCAGAUCUCUUUACAAGUCAGGCUUGGUUGGUUGGGUUGGCAGAACCGCAGCCGUUCAUUUAUGUAAAUGUUUUCAGCUUUGAUCGAGUCACAAUUGCAAACUUUGUGAAUAGCAAGCUCAUAAAGUGUUUCAGCGCUUCCCAGAAACGGAGGAUUUACCAGAUUCACUGCUGAAAAAAUGACAGGUUCUUCCACCCAGCCCAUCAAAUGAUGUUUAGUGGAGGAUUUGGCGUGUCAGCGGGGGCAGAUGGUACGUCCACAGGAGCAGAUCCUUUGGGUGAGUAACCAAAUCGCUGCAAUUACCAGACCACGAAUCCCACUUGGAGACUGUAAAGAUUAUUUAAGUGACAGGCUGUGCCUAAAGUACGGUGAAUGUAUACAUGCAUAUAUGGUGAAUAAUAUACAGCCAGGUGUAUGAAGCACUCCUGUGCUCGACUGAGUUAACUUACGGCCAGCUGUUGCACUGUUUAUUACUCAAGGGAUCCAUAUAGGAAUGAAAGGGAAAUGACUCUAGCAAAAGUUUUGUUCCUUGCUAAUACAGGAAGCUAAUUAUUAUUAUUAUUAUGUGUUUUUUAAAAAAACGAAGCAAAUGAAACUAUUAUUCCAAAAGGAUUUUGCCAUCCAAACUUUGUUUGCAGGAAAAGGGAGAGAAAUGGAAGUUUCUUAUCUGCUGCAGGUAGGUUUUGUGUGGUAGCUCUCAGGUAUUAAAGUGAGGAAAGAGGAGCAUAAUAAGUGAUUCUAAAUGCCUGCCAACAGCUUUGUUGUUUAUUAGGUUAACCCUCCUUGCAAAAAAACAGGUAACAGACUUAUUAAAAACCCUGUCCUGUCCCCUCUCCAUCUACAUUUGGCUCUUGCUCCCUUUUUUUUUCCCCUGCUAAGCAGCUGCAGCCCUGCACGGAUGCCUCAGAGCCACUCCUUGGCUCGGGAGCAGCUCAGACUGAGAGCGAGAGCAGCGUUAAAAGUUCCCAGGUUGUAUGUAUGUAAUGUCCUGGAAACAAUGGUAACCGCAGCGAAGAAAGGCCACACCUGAGUCAUCCGUGUGAUGGAUGGUGCUGUCCCGCAGGAAGCCUAUUGUGGAGGGCUGAAAGCCCAGCACGUUGGCACAGCACUUUAUUUGCCGGUUCUGACUCUUCUGAUUGCACUCUGAACUCCUGAAUGUAUCCCUCCCGGGUGCCAAACCCUGCCGUUUUCCCCCUUUUUGCGCUCCCGUUGGGUGAAGUGUUUCACUCUACCAUGUUCCGCCCUAGAAGUGGCUCUGGGACAGUGGCCUUGGAAAUGAAUUUGCUUUCAUUUAAUCUCGCUGGUUGGAUAUGGCCUUACCCCACCCCAGCAGAUCUUGAAUUCGAAUCCUGCCGUUGCAGAACCUCCUUAUAGGUAUUUGAACUGGAAGUAUUUGCUUCUGAGGACAAGUACAGCUUGUUUGCAAGCCUGCUAGGCAUCCCACGCGAGGGUUGGAGAGGGAGAGAGGAGGUCCAGCGAUGCUUUGUCCGGUUCGAUGCUAGGAAUUAAGUGCACGUAUUCCGACCCUGUUGGCCUGUGUCUGGAUUUCAGUCUAGACAUAGUGCUUUUUCAAAGCGUCUUUUUGUGUCCCUUUAGAAGCAUCUUCUUGCAGCUUUUCAGCAGCCAUCCAGUAAGUGCUCUUGCUGCAGGCUUUAUUGUGCUCUGUGUAGUAAUUUCCUGACUCAAUAGCGCUGUGUGUCGACAGAGGUGACGGCAAGGCCAGUCCUUUAGCGGUCCAACCUGCAGGAUCUCACAGAAAGUAGAAUUUUGUUUCCUUGUCUCUCUGUACAGUUGUUUUCCGUGUCUCUGGCAGCUGUCUCAGGCUCUGGUGUUCACAGGACGGCUCAAGUUAGCAGACUUUAUUGCAUCUGUUCUGUUGGAAGGGGUCGGGUAGCUGGGGCUGGCUGGGAAGUGCAGGGCAGCACAGGUAUGAAUGUUGUGGUGGCUUUUUUUUUGUAUUGUUGUUGUUUAAUAGCGUCUAGCGAUUUAAAAAAAGAAAAUUAAUCAACUGAAGAACGCUAGGAGGGUACUACUAACUGUGCUUCAGUGCAGUUUUAAAGACACUUGAGCAUACGCUCUCCAGAAGUCCUUACAAGUUGGAUCUGUUGCUCGUGGUAGGGUUAGCUGCUGCGGGGGGUCCAGGCACUGCUUAAAGGCAGGCUACAGGGUAUGGCAAAUCAUAUGGCUUAGGCUUUGCAAUCAUUUAAGCUUCCGUUUCCAUUUUACGGAGUAUUUUUAUCUGGGAUUAGCUUUUAGCGUGUUUUUCUCGUUCUGACGUGCCACGUCCCCAUGAAGCAGGCUGGCACGGUCAGCAGGAUUCCCUGCGGGUACCAGUGCCCCCAGCUGAUGCGGUUUCCCCACUCCACAUUUCCCUGUCCAGCUGGGGCCACUGCCCCCUCUCACCCCCAGCAGGCUCUGUGCCUGCUAAAGGUGGUGGGAAACCAGCAACAGGGGCUUAAGUAACUCAUCUUCGCUAUUGCCUUCGCUUUCAGUGGCUUUCUUGGGACGUUUGCAAGAGGAAAAGCAGUUAAAAUAAAAAAUGUUGGGUGCCUGAAAGACGCUUUUUUUUAAAAGCGGAAGGGAUGGACGGGGAAGUUGCUGGCUGCUCCUGCAGCUGCUUGUGGCCUCAGGAGGGUGUGAUGUAGCAAAGGAUGGAGCUGAGAGCAGUGGCUGCGUUUGCUGGCUUGGUAACUUUAUAAAAACCCAUUGCCUUAAACUGUUUUCUGAAGGCUAAGCAUUCCUUUUUCUGUGUAAAGGGUUGUCACACCUCCAUUUACAUUUUAGAGGCUGGGAGCCUGUAAGAAACUUUAUUAAAAGUUGUACAAGAUGCGAUUUUGAUACCUGCUCCAUAGCAACUCCUUGGGACUAUUUCAAGGUAAGAGGUUUUUAUGUCCUAGAUCUAUUUCAGCUCCUGGAUGUAACUAGUUUUUUUCAGCCUAAACGUAAAACAAGAUGAAAAAAAAAAUUGAGCUGUUAUUUUAAAAUUUGUAUUCCCGUCACUAUAACCCUAGAAACGUAGGAGGUGUAAAAAAAUAACCUCCAGUGACUGCUAUUUUUACGUGUGCAAAUGCUGUAGGCGUUUCAGACCAUGCUCUGAUAUUGCACAAAGA